CGCAUGCGCAGGACUGAUGAAUUUCAAACUGGUCGGCGGGUAGUGGAAAGUAGACACAAGUACAACAAAGCUUCAUUGACUGAAAAACAGCAGAGAUUGUGGUGAAAAUGACGAGCACUUUGAAAGGCAUCACUCUGAAGGGGAGCGCGGAGCUGGUGGCCGAGUUCUUUUCUUUUGGCAUUAACAGCAUCCUGUACCAGCGUGGCAUCUACCCCCCGGAGACGUUUGGCAGAGUCACGCACUAUGACAUGAGUCUACAGCUCACCACCGACCCCAAACUCAAGAACUACCUCACUGACGUGGUCUCUCAGCUUAAAGAGUGGCUGUUUGAGUGCACCGUGCAGAGGCUGGUCCUGGUCAUCACGUGUCUUGAGACCAACGAUGUCCUGGAGAGGUGGCAGUUUGAUAUUGAGUGUGACAAGUCAGCCAAGGAAAGCAGUGCCCCCAGAGAGAAGUCCAUCAAAACCAUUCAGGACGAGAUCCGCUCCGUCAUCAGGCAGAUCACAGCCACAGUCACCUUCCUGCCGCUUCUGGAAACCCCAUGUGCCUUUGACCUGCUGGUGUACACUGACAAAGAUCUAGUGGUCCCUGAAAAGUGGGAGGAGUCUGGCCCUCAGAUCAUCACGCAAUCAGAGGAGGUGCGUCUGCGCUCCUUCACCACAUCCAUCCACAAGGUCAACAGCAUGGUAGCCUAUAAGCGCUCCGACUCGAUGUGAUUUGCUCUCUGUCCCUCUUUGUACCAGUUACCUUGUCUGCUCUCAUGUAAAUAUUUCUGUCUCUUGUUUAGUUUUGUCUCUGUUAGCCUGUUUUAGAAACAUUUUUUGUAUGUUUAACUUUUUAAAAAGACCAAAUAAAUAAAGG